AUGUUCGAUUACUGCUGUCCUGGUGACCUUGGUGGUGUUCCAUGCGGCUUUUGCUGUGCCAGGGUACGAUGGCUGACUCUCUUGAUCACGGUAUUGGUCUACUCUUUCGACCUUGCCUUCAACACUCUUGAUUGUUUAGCCUUUGGUAUGCGCAACGCUGGUCAUGUUCCCAUUAUUCUGUGGGAUGGUGCUACCCUGUACUCAGAUGUUGUGUCUCCAGUUGCUUGCUUGGAUAACACCAUGGUAGUGGCAGCAGAUGCGAGGAAUCCACGGCAGUCAGCACUCUACAGCGACCAGUCAGGGCUGCAUCGCACGGUGGGUCACAGUGGAGGAAGUUUGCCAGUCGUUGGUUGGAAAGUGUAUGAAGGGACGAGCAGGCGAUUUCCUUUCUGUGUUGACGUUGUGUUCAAAGCUGGAAAGCUUUACGGAUCUUUUGUCACUGGCAAAUGUGGGCUCCUUCCUCCAGAGCCUGACAUGGAGGAUCAAAACGUGACGAUCCCAGGUUCGGUGUCAACUCGGGAAGCUUGGCCACGGUUUCCUUCUGAGGUGCGGGAUGAUUUUCGUACCGGAAUGCUUUCCAUCGAACAUACAGCCCUUGUUGGGCAUGGUGCACGGUAUCUUGAGCCACAGGGUGGGGUUUCUGCUACUGAUGUGCUGAUCUUUACUGCGCACAAGUUUGUCCAGAAGCCCACCGACAAACCUGGUCUUGCUUGUACCUAUGGUAGCCCCAUGCUUGUGCCCCUGCCUACUCAACAUUCGACUUUAGGAGGCUUCGGUGAUGGAGGUUUGCACUACAGCUGUUGGUGCCUGGAUUUCUCAGUUGAGACUCCUCAGGGUGAUGAUCGUACCGCCGCUCCCUUGUAUGUGUCUCAGUGGCUCUGGGCCCUUCAUCUCCGACAGCCGAGGCAAUUCACGGUUGUACAAAGAACUUGUCCCCGACCACACAAGGUGAUCUGGGAACGGUUUCUGAAUCCUUACCUUGCAGCUACAGAGGUCCUGCCGCCCUCUGCCGCGCAGUGGGCAGGGUUGACACCUGUGGUUUUGACUUCUUUAGGUCUUCAGAACAUCGUCCGCAUCAAUCGCUAUCUGGUCCAGAUCCGGAGCUUUGACAAGGCCUAUCUGGAAGUCUUUGUGGAGUUCUUCUGUGCCAACAUGGAACAACUCACCAAGUCGGAUGUCCAGGAUUUGACCCACACCUACAAUCACGCGCGCUUAGGAGAAGAGGCCAUUGGUCGACACUUCUUCUGGGCUUUGGGACGACAAUUUCAGCAGCAACAUGUGAAACGUGUGGCGGCGAAGACGGGGCGGCGCCGUCCCGCGCUGGAACGCUACGGCUGA